AUGAAGAUGAAAGAUAAGCACGAAGGUGAUGAUGAAGAUGAGGGUGAAGAUAAGGAUGAGGCUGAGCCUCCAGCGCCAUCUCGCGGCCGUGCGCGGCGGGAGCGGGAGCGGCGCUCUGGGGGGGGUGGCAGCCUCCGCCUGGCACUGCAGAGGAUGGCCGGGGACCUGCUGUCCCUGCGCCGCCGUGUCGCCAGCCUGGAGGCGGAGAACGGGCACCUGCGGCACAGCCUGGCCCGGCUGCGGGAGCCAGCCCAGCUCCGCGGCACUGACACCGACGUGCUGACCCGGGACGAGCUGCUGGACAGGCUGGCCACCCUGUCCCAUGAGCUGGCGGCGGGCGCGCUGGAGCUGCGGGCGCUGCGGGACCGGGUGCAGCGGCUGCAGAACGAGCUGAUCCGGAAGAACGACCGCGAGAAGGAGCUGGUGCUGCUCCAGCGGCGGCAGUGGCAGCAGCUGGCACGGCGGCGCUGCCAGGACAGGGCGGCCGAGGCCGGGGCGCUGCAGCGGGCACUGCGACAGCAGGACAAGGUGAUCGAGGCCAUGGAGCGGCUGCUGCUGCGGGACAGGAGCGCCGAGAGAGCCGCGGGUGCCACCCUGGCGGCGCUGCUGGCCCAGAAGCGACUGCGGGAGGAGCCGGCGGGACCCGCCCGGGCCGCGGCGCGGCUGGAGCGGGAGCGGGGCCGGGCCCGGGCGCUGGAGAGGCAGCUGCAGGAGGCCGCCCGGAGCUGGGCUCGGGGCCAGCAGGAGUUGGGGACGCGCCUGCAGGAGUGGGAGCACGGCCUGGGCCUCGUGAGCGGGGACAGGGGACACUGGGGACACCAGUGA